AUUCUCUUAACCUGUAGAGAUCUAAAUGUGAAGGAGCCCGAACCUGACGUAACCGGUAACCCCUAUAGAUAAUUCUGGAGCAUGCAUCAAUCAACGAUGACGAAUCUUUUCUUGGCUCAGAAAGAGUUCCGCACAGUGAAGCGACAAGAAUACGCUGGUCAACCGAACGUAGAGGAGAGAAUUCGCACAGAGUGGACGAGGCUGUCGAAGGAGGAAAAAGCAGCAUUUCUUCCAGCGAAGAAGAGCAGGGAAGAUGUUUCCACAACUGUGAACGAAAAAAAAACCUCUGUUAAGCAGGACAGUAUUUGAUAUUCUAGUGAGUAAUCAAUUCCUUAGAUGGAUAAGUGUUGGAGUUGGUGUUCAUCUUUGGUUACGUAUUUCUGAUCUUAGUUUCGACUACGCAAGCCCCGCUUGAUUGGGACCCCCUGCUGCCAAGUUCAUGACAUUUGUGAACCCGAUUUCAAAUAUAUGAUACAUGAUUAAUUAGUCUAACGACAAUGUGUAGUAGAAGAUGUAGAUGUAGAACCGAUUAUAACCCAUUGAUACGCACGACAAGUUCUUUAUUUUCUUCGUUCAGGAUGUGCGCUGAAUAUGCAAGUUUUGCAGUCUCGGUCAACAGCAGUUUUGCAACGGCUGCUACUGGCAACAGUAGUAGUGCCAGCAGUUGUCCAAGUGUUGGCGCAGGAACGAAGCAGUUAUCCUUUGCUGCGCAAAUGAUAUUGGAGCAAAAGAGUAAAAUUGCAACCGAGAAGAGCGACCUCAUCAAAGGCAAGAACGUGGAUUUACUUAUGACAGUUCCCUCGUACAACUUUUUGAUCUUGUCAUGGGCAUUCUACCACCGCCUCUCAUGUAUGAGCCGAGAUUCGGAGGAAGAACAGUCGAAAAGAUGGCCAUUCAAUUGGUAUUGGUAGAUUGAUAACUAUUUCACAUUUAUCAGACAAACAAGAAAGGUGGCUUGAUGGUCUGAUAGUACAUAGCCAAAAAGCAUGAUUUGACUCUACGUAGUGCACUACUAAUUUUUUAAAAAGGCCACGCGCUGAUGGUGGAGAUCCGGAUUCCCUAAUCGGACCAGAGGAAGCGAAACGACUGAAAAAGGAAACCGCGGCGCGCACUGGAGGCCGUGCAGCGCGACCAGGCAUAGCAGACAUCGCAGUGCCGGUGUUCGGUAAGCGAUCUGUUGCUGCGGUAGAAACAGCAUGUAGCUCAUCACCUCAUCCGCCGGGAAAAAGCAAGCCAGCCGUACCAAGUCGUGUAGGUAGUCCAACUGCCUUCCCGGCAAGCGGUGGGAUCGAAGCAGGCGUGAGCUCCUCCUCUCAUCAACAAAGCGCUGAAGCAACUGCGCCUACAAACGAUGCAGAGGAGAAAAAUAAUGGAACCAUACUUCCGCUGGCCCAACGUGUUGAGCAGUGGCGGCGGCAGAAAGAACUACAAGGCACCGGGCCGCGACAGCCCACUCUAGAGGAUGUAGCACGAAACCUGGCAAUGCCCCAACUGCGAUCCGACAGCUUAUUUUUAUGUGGACAUCUUAUUUCAUUCUUAUCUUAUCAAUUUCAAUUUGUUUAUUUUUUUGUAUUGAUGCGCUCCGGUAACGCGUACGAAUAUUAUUCAUCGCUGACCACAUUGCUAUGAAAGGGUUCGUCAUCCUAUCCUCAUUGAGGUUUAUUUAAUGUGUAAUUACGAGAGUACAACCAUAAAACUCGACAAGUUGGAAGCACAGCACUUAAAAGCAUCUAAUUUUUGACGGGUUAGCGGCCGGCCCUGACGAGCUGCAGGUAACCGACGAAAGCGACAAAAGAGACGUAAGGACACUUAUACGCGACGAGGUCAAGCUUAAACUCCAGGAGGAACGUAUGCGCGCAACACUAGCGCUCGUUCAAAAAAACGAAAAGAACAAAAGAUAAAAAGGUGCACUCUAUUCUAUUUUAUGAUGAUAAUCACGCCACCAGCACAAUAAAAUGAUAAAUUCCCCGCCUCUGGUCUGCUUUCUUCUUUAUGAAAUGAACUUCGUGCCAAACCGAAAACUUUGAUGAAGAAGUGAAUCUAUUCAUUCUCUUGUACUAUUGUCGAUCCCGAGACCAUCGCUUUUCGCGAGCCCCAUUUCUGUUGUUGAGAUGUUUGAGUCUUUGUGCAGCAGGCGCAAAAAGUAUUUGUAGUAUCCCCAGGUUGGUGGCGGCGACGAUAAAGGCCC